AGCCGUUACCGAGAGGCGCGGCCUGGAGGCAGGUCUCAGGACUGUUGGAGUAUCAGGCUUUCCUGGUUGACAUGUUCUGGUAAAAGCUGUCAGUUGGAGGCACCAUCUGGAUUCUUUCACCUUCGAGUAUCUCCGGAAGAUUAAAGCCUCUUUCUGAGGUUGGGGUCCACAGUCAUCCAGCCUUCUGUCCACAUUUCUGCCUGCUACCACCUGCAAGAGUCAUCAUGUCUCAGAGUAAGGAGAGUCCACAUCACACUGAUCAACAGCUCCAUGCCCACAGUGAAACCCAGGACCUGGAGAUUGCACAGAUUUCCAAGGCUAUGGAAGAGACUUUUCUCUAUUCCCCCUUCCCCUCCCAUCCUCUAAUGUCUGACAACCUAAAGGAGGCUCCUGAUGCCGAGAUGCCCAGUACUUCUGAGGGACCUGGGAGUGCUGGAGCAUCUGCAACUGCCAUCGCAGCUGCCUCACCAAGGAAAUUAAGUGACAGCUCCAGCAGCCUAGAAGAUAAUUCGACUUCUUCAGAGUCCUUACCAGACAGUGAUAAUCUGUGUGAAGACCCUCUAGAUGAGAAGGCAUCUGUGUUGGUGCAGUUUCUACUGGACAAAUAUGAGAUGAAAGAGCCAAUUACAAAGGCAGAUAUGCUAGAUAUAGUUAUCCAAGAGUACAAGGAUGACUUCCUUGAGAUCCUCAAGAGAGCCUCAGAUAGAAUGGAGCUGGUCUUUGGCGUUGACUUGAAGGAAAUCGACCCGGUGAGCCACACCUAUGCCCUUGUCAACAAGUUGGGCCUCACCCAUGAUUCAAGGCUCUGUGGUGGCGAAGGUGUACCGAAGACAAGCCUCCUGAUAAUUGUCCUGGGUGUGAUCUUCAUGAAGGGCAACCGUGCUACAGAGGAGGAGAUCUGGGAAGUGCUGAAUAUGAUGGACUUACAUUCUGGUCAAGAGCACUUCCUCUUCGGUGAGCCAAGGAAAUUCAUCACCAAAGAUCUGGUGCAGGAAAAGUAUCUAGAAUAUCAGCAGGUGCCUAACAGUGAGCCUCCACGCUAUGAAUUCCUAUGGGGCCCAAAAGCUCAUGCUGAAACCAACAAAAUGAUGUUAUUGGAAUUUCUGACCAAGAUCCAUCGAUCUGACCCCAUGUGUUUCCCAUUCCAGUAUGAAGAGGCUUUGAGAGAUGAUGCAGAGAGAGCCAAAGCCACAGUUGCAACCAGAGAUGGCCCUACUACCAGUGCCAAGGCAACUUCCAAGGCCAGAUUCACCAGCUCUUCUCACCGCUAGUGAAGUCUGAAGCAAAAUCUACAGUGAAGAGAGCAGUCAACAUUCUGUGUAGUGGAGGGCUGGGAUUGACUUAGAGCAAACACAGAGAAUAAUAUUUUUGUUUUCCUGCUUUCUUUGGUUAACUUAUUUUUUUGGAGGGGGGGAUAAUUUCCAAAUAUAUUUAGUUUCUCUUAAUAUAAUACUUCUUCAUAAGCUUCAGAAUCUGGGUUUAUGAAUAACAUCAGUCAUAUAUUUGUUGUUACUUAUGAAAUUUAAGAAUAUGAGUUUUGCUUGUUUGGCAAAUGAAUUGUGAACCCGACCAUCUUAUUUCAUGAUCUAGAAAACUAUCACAUGCCAUUCAAAUAAGCAUUCUUUUGGAACUGUCAACUCAAGUCAGCAGUAAAAU